UUCUGAUUUUUGUAUUUUUGUUUUUAAAUUCUGGUUUUUAUUAAAUUCUGAUUUCAUAAUUCUGUUUUUUUUAAUUCUGAUUCUAUUCAAAUUCUGAUUAAUUCUGAUUUCAUGUGUUUUUAUUCCUAAUUCUGAUUUUAAAUUCUGGUGUCUGUAUUUAUUUUAUUAAAAUUCUGAUUGUGUUUCUCCUUUACUUCUUGUAUUUUAUUUUUUAAUUAUUCUUUUCAGAAUUUAUUCUCAACAUUCUGAUUUUGUUAUGGAUUAUUACUCAUUUACUCUCUUAAUUUACAACGCUAUUUUUAUUCUAAUAUUCAUGAUAAAAAAUAUAAAACAACACAAAAAUGUAUUUAUGCAAAUCACUAAUCAAUUGUCGGUUAUCUUCUUAUAACUAGGUAUGUUUAUUUUAAAAAUUAAAAUUUUUAUUUUAAAAUUAAAAAAUAAUGCGAAUUUCUUUUCUGGCUAUUUUAAUAAUUAUUUUAGUAUUUAUACAUUAUUCUUAUAUUUAUUCUGUGCCUCAAUGUCAAUUUGGCGAAUGCUCUUCAUGGGAUAUUUUAUUACUUCCUUUAUUAACCGACAAAUUUACUCAAGUUAGCCUUCUCAAAGCAAUUGUUCGUUCAAUGUUGUGUGGCUGCCGUUGGUAUUUUGAUGAACAAAUCAGAAUUGAAUUGGCAACUAAAAAUGGGUCUUUUGUACAUAUUAAAGAUCCAAUUUCUUUUCCUGAAUUUGAACAGGUAAAUUUUAAAAUAAUUUAG